UGUGAAAGGAGAACACUAUCAAUUGUUUAAAAAAUAUAUAUAUAUAAAUUGUUGUUCAAAGGCCGCUAAGCAGAUUCAUAGAGAAAGGUUUCAACCAAUAUUUAUUUGAUAAAACGAACAGCUACACUUUCAUAACCAUUUCCAAUAUGUCGAAACUACAGUUGUUGAAUGUAUUCGUCACCGAGCGUUUAUCCGCGGCUGCUGUGGAGAUAUUCGGGGUCGUGGAGAAGAUUAUAGCGGAGUAUCGGGAACAAAUCUGCCGUUCAGCAGAGGAGAACGAGCGUCUACGGAGGCUGUUGGACAUGGGUACCAAACCAGAGAGAACGUCACACAUAGCAGAUUUCCAGGCACUGACUCCAGCUGUUCCCCCUGAAAAUCAGAACUGUGAGCAGGACUGGAGCCCCAGUCUAGAGCAGGAGGACCCAGAACCCACACAGAUUAAAGAGGAACAACAGGAGCUCAGACUCAGUCAGGAGGACCCACCUCAGCCCUCACAUCUUUACCUAAACCAAACUGUGGAUGAUGGAGAGAGGAACGCUCUACCUAUCAUCAUAACUGAAGAGAUCAAAACAGAACCUGAUGUAGAGGGCUACAGAGUACCACAACCAACCAGUGAUCAGCCUCUCUCAGUUCAUCCAGACUGCUCUGCUGCAGUGGAGAAACCAUAUCAGUGUAAACAAUGUGGCAACAGCUUCACACGUAAGGGACACUUGACCAUCCAUUCAAGAACACACACAGGAGAGAACCCCUAUCAGUGCAAACUAUGUGGCAAAAGGUUUAACCAGAAGAGCAACUUGACCAUCCAUACAAGGGUACACACAGGAGAGAAUCCCUAUGAGUGCAAACAAUGUGGAAAAAUGUUUAACCAGAAGGGACACUUGACCGUUCAUUCAAGGAUACACACAGGGGAGAGACCAUAUCAGUGCAAAGACUGUGACAAAGCCUUCAACCAGAAGAUAGAACUGACAUUGCAUAUGAGAGCUCAUACAGGAGAGAGACCAUAUAUCUGUCCUGUAUGCAAGAAAGGUUACAUCGCAUUAAGCUAUUUAAGACUUCAUCAGCGUGUUCACAAAGGGGAGAAAUCUUACCAGUGCAAAUAAUGUGACAAAUGCUUUGGUUAUAAAGGAAGCUUGAAGUCUCAUAUGAGCACUCACACAAAAGCAUCAGCCUGAAGUGAGAACAACAAAUGAUUACUCACAUGUGAAUUUAUUGUUACAUCCAACUUGUAAAUAAUUAUUAUAUUUCCUGCCACUUGACAACAAAACAAAUGUAGUUUUUUGUUAAAGGUUUUGUUUUUUCAAUGUAUGUUUUCAGGUUGGACUUUAGGAUGUACAGUGCCUUGCGAAAGUAUUCGGCCCCCUUGAACUUUUCGACCUUUUGCCACAUUUCAGGCUUCAAACAUAAAGAUAUAAAACUGUAAUUUUUUGUGAAGAAUCAACAACAAGUGGGACACAAUUAUG